CGUGGAGCUCGUGAGGACAAUUAGCUCCACGGUGUUCGUGUUCAAGGUGUUGCCACGGUGUUGGGUGGAUGCCCAGGCGGAGACCAGGCGCAAUGUGCUCAACCGUCGCCUGGCAAGAGGGGUGCGGUAUAUGGACGACGUCGUCGUCAUCAACCCAGACGAUCCACGCGAAGGAGAAGUCCACGGACGGAUGUGCGUGAUGUUAGCGACCCACCCAAGCUCUGCAGACAUUGAGCCAGAGAGAGCGAGGACCACCUUAAUGCACUUUGGCCACCUAAACCUGGAAAACCUAAUACUUCAGGCGUACGAUGAAAGGUUUGAAGAUUACAUAGACAUGGACAGUUCGACCACCCUGGCCCAGUACUCUAAGCUGAAACUCCUGAACAAAGAGAACCAUCUUGAGGCAGCGGAAGCAACAGAUGUUGCGGGUGCAACAACUGGCUCCAACAGGAGCUCACUGCAACAACAGGCUGCGCAAGAGAGAACAAGCUGGUGGAGGGGAUACCAGACAGCCGCCUGCGCAUCUCGGAGGCUGCCAGGAAGAAACGGCACCUUACCGCCUUCUUCGAAAACCUUGAGUCGUGCUGCAGGAGAGGACGCUGGUCCCGAAAAUGGUUCACCUUGGCAGUGGAUUGAAAAUACCCAAGCUAGAGCUAGACGACUUGGUGUCCAAGUUACCAGAGCAGCGCUUCGUAAAGGACCUGUCCUGGUCCAUUUAAACUACUGCGGAGCUCUGCGCUCGCAACGUGAUUGGCGAGCCCAGCCGAAAAGAUGGGGCGAAAGGGAGGCUGCUGGAGACACCCGCAAAAAUGAUGGCCCUUGCAUCGGUGCGCAGAGAUCUCGAAGAGCUGUUGGAGUCAAUGUUGCCCGACUCGAGUGAUGAGGAUGCUGCAAUAUUGAAAGGAACGUCGAAAGAAACAUCGAGAGGGGCAUCGAAGGGGACGUCAAAAACUGUUAAGGUAAACAUCUAUCUUUAUUUAUUUUUAUGUAUCUGAUACAUAAAAAGGUUUAUAGCACUACU